AUGGCAUGCCUGGGCUCGUCCGGUCCAUUACAUGCACUCUCGAAGGACACCGUCGUCAUCAAAGAACUCGAACAUUUCUUUUCAUCCCCAUUCAGCGACCCUCCCAAAGGCCCUCCUUUGGUGUGCCAGUUUCCAACACUUCCAAGUUCCCCACUGCUUACCUCACAUAGCGGUGCCGUGCUUCUGAUUGUGCCUCAGCGACUAGUUCAAGUUCAAGGUAUGUUCUGCAAAACCAAAACCCACACUCUUCUCUACCUUAACAACGCAAGAUCUAUAUCAAGUCUCAAAGUAGUGUGGCGCAAGGACCCAACACUCGACCGAGCUAUAGAGCACGACAAGCGUUACAAGCAAUGUGCCCGCGUCGUCAAGGAAGUCCUCAACGAACCAGGCCAAGUCAUCCCUCUCCGCUACCUCGAAAAGCGCCGCGAAAGGAUGCGCCUCAAGGUCAAAGCAGAAACCUUUCUCAACCAAAACCCCGGCUUGUUCGAUGUCUACUAUGACCGCAUCAAACCCAAAACCGAACCGGUCCGGUUCAUCCGCCCCACCGACCGCCUUCGCCGUUUUCUCCAGGAAGAACAACGGAUUUUCUCCGAGAACGAACCCUUCAUUGUCUCAAAGUUGUGUAAAUUGUUAAUGAUGUCCAAGAACAAGGUUGUUAGUGCUGAUAAGUUGCUUCACGUGAAGAGGGAGUUCGGGUUCCCUAACGAUUUUUUGGUUGAUUUGGUUCCCCGGUAUCCGCAAUAUUUUAGGUUAACUGGGUCUCCUGGGGAGGGGAAAUCGUUUCUUGAAUUGGUUAAUUGGAAUCCCGAGUUUGCAAAAUCUGUUAUUGAGGUGAGGGCUGAUGAGGAGAGUGAGCGUUUGGGAAUUAAGGUUAGGCCUAGUUUCAAUGUGGAGCUUCCAGCAGGGUUUGUGUUGAAGAAGGAGAUGAGGGAGUGGGUUAGGGAUUGGAUGGAGCUUGAUUAUGUGUCUCCUUACGAGGAUGUGUCCCAUUUAGACCAGGCUUCUAGAGAGAUGGAGAAGAGGUCCGUUGGAGUGUUCCACGAACUGCUUUCUCUUUCCUUGCAUAAGAGGAUUCCUGUGCCGAUCCUUGGAAAGUUUUGUGACGAGUAUAGGUUUUCCAAUGCGUUUUCCAGCACUUUUACAAGGCAUUCGGGGAUAUUCUAUUUGUCCUUGAAAGGUGGGAUUGAAACGGCAGUGUUGAGAGAAGCAUACAGAGGUGAGGAGUUGGUUGACCGCGAUUCGUUGCUUCAGAUAAAAGAUAAGUUUGUUGAGUUGUUGGAGGAGGGGUGGCGGCAAAGAGUGGAGCAAUUGAGGUUGAAGCAGGAGAAGAUUAAGGAAGAUAUGGAGCUAUUGGUCACCAAAGUUUCAUCAUCUGGAAGAAAUGGGAGCCACUGGACUUACUUUCCUAAACCAUCUCAUAACUAUGUUGAGUAUCUUUCAGAAUCCUCAACUUAUCUGCCAAACACUUCCACUGAUUACAUGAUGGGGGUAGUUAUCUACCUGUCGGCAACAUCAAUGAUGGUAACGUGGUUGAUGGAUCGGACAGAAACUUCUUUUAUAAUGAUCCAGGAAAAGUCUGUGCCUUGA